GAAGCUGAUUUCUUUCUGUCUUAUAGGUCUUGUUAUGUCCAAUAACAUCAUGCUCUAAACAGCAAAUCAUUCAGCCUUUUAGGAGGUGUUUGGAUAAUUUGCAUAAUCAAGCGAUUUCGGAAAUAAAUUAUUUGGAGAGCUUUCAGCAUUCAUUCAAAAAGGAGCAACACUCUAAGAUUUGAAUGACCAUGUCGAAGAAUUAAGAAAACAUUUAGCCGAUGAUUAAGCAGAAGAUGAAAAAUAUUUCAAUGAAUAACAAUAAUCUCUUGAAUCUGGAUUAGAAGGUUUAGUAAAUGAAGUACAAGAAUUAAAGGAAGCAGUGGACACAGCUGCAAAGAAGAUUUCAGUUUUGAAUCAUUAACAAUAGAUCAUUGAUAAUCUCUUCUCUUAAGAUUAAGCAGCAUAUUAAAAAAGACUUGCCAAUUAAAAUGUUAUACUUGAAACAAUAUCUCUUUUGGUUGAGAGAGUUCACGCACUUUCAUUAGAUGGUCAUAGUCUUAUUGAAAUGGAUAAUCUUCUUGAGGAAAUCAAAUAAUUAGGUAGAGGAAAACAUGUAGAAGUCUUGGCUCAAAUAACUGCUCAUUUAGAUACUGAAUAAGCGGAAAAGGUUUUGAAUCUUUUAGAAAGUCUUAACAAGGCAGUGCUCGCUAGUUUAGAAGCUGAUGAAGCCAAAGAACAAGAGAAUAUUAGAUUGUACAAUAAAUUGACUGGAGAGAUAAAUGCUUCUCUUUCAGAAGCUUAGAGACACUACUAGCAAUUGGAGGUUCAUUUUGAACAAAAAGAUUAUGAACUUAGUGUCGGUAAGGAAGGUGUGAAAGAUGUAGGACUAAAGUUAUAAGAUAGAAAUGAUUCUAGACAAUUCAUAUUGGAUAGAGUUUAGGAAGCACAACAAUUAUUAAAUGAUAAUAUAGAUAGAAUAGCAAGAUGGUCAUAAGAAUGA